AAUCAACAAGCAGCUAGGGAAGCCUUGUUUUGAUCUCUCCAGACUCUCAAAGGUCAUGGCGACAAUGACGGAUGUAGGAUCAUCGCCGUUACCGUUACUUUUCCGGCGACGGUCAAGCGGCGAGAUGCAGAAUUUGGCCACCGUUUCGAGUAGUCUCUUGCCAGCGUUUGGAACUGUCGUCGACGACGGAUACUUGAACCUCAAGAAAUACGUUAUCGUUCCUUACGAUCAUAGAUACCGAUGGUGGCAAACUUUUUUGGUAGCGCUAGUGCUAUACUCAGCAUGGGCGUCGGUUUUUGAGUUAGCUUUCAAAAGAGCAGCAAGAGGGGGACUACUGGUCAUUGAUUUGGUGGUAGAUCUAUUCUUUGCCAUUGAUAUCGUCCUCACAUUCUUCGUUGCUUAUUUAGACAAGGCCACUUAUCUCCUCGUUGACGAUCACAAGAAAAUUGCUUUACGAUAUGUGACGAGAGCCUGGUUCUUUAUGGAUGUAGCAUCUACUAUGCCAUUUCAACUCGUAUUCAGAAUCUUUACCGGAAGAUGGCACAACGGUGAAGUCUUUGGUUUUCUUAACUUGCUUCGUCUAUGGCGUCUUUGGCGUGUCAGUGAACUUUUCAAAAGGCUGGAGAAAGACACACGAUUUAGCUAUUUCUGGACGAGACUCCUUAAACUAGUAUGCGUCACGGUAUUUGCCGUUCACACAGCUGCUUGCGUUUAUUACUUUCUAGCAGUGCACCACAAACACCCAGUUAACACAUGGCUCGGAAGUGUGGUUGAAGAUUUUAAGCACAGAAGUGUGUGGUUAGGCUACACUUAUUCCAUGUACUGGUCAAUCGUCACUCUCACCACAGUUGGUUAUGGAGAUUUGCAUGCGGUGAACACAGGAGAAAAGAUAUUUAACAUGCUUUAUAUGCUUUUCAACAUUGGUCUCACUGCCUACAUAAUCGGUAACAUGACAAACCUUGUCGUCCAUGCUGCUGUCAGAACCUUUGCAAUGAGAGAUGCCAUCAAUGAGUUAUUGCGUUAUGCAAGCAAAAAUAGACUUCCAGAAGGGUUGAGAGAACAAAUGCUGGCACACAUGCAACUCAAGUUCAAGACAGCAGAGUUACAACAAGAGGAAGUGCUGCAGGACCUGCCUAAGGCAAUAAGAUCUAGCAUUGCCCAACACCUCUUCCGUCGUACAGUCGAGAAAAGUUACCUAUUCAAUGGAGUCUCUGAAGACCUUGUUUCUCAACUGGUGUCAGAGAUGAAAGCAGAAUUCUUUCCUCCAAAGGUUGAAAUUAUUUUACAAAACGAAAUACCAACCGAUUUCUACCUUCUAGUCUCAGGAGCAGUGGAUUUGCUGACAUACAAGAACGGAACAGAGCAGUUUUUGUCAAAACUUGGAGCUGCAGAUAUGGCAGGAGAAAUUGGGGUAAUUUUCAAUAUUCCCCAACCUUUCAUAGUGAGAACUAAGAGGCUCUCCCAGGUUAUAAGGAUAAGUCAUCACCAUUUCAAACAAAUGGUUCAACCACAGAGUGAAGAUGGAAAGAUUAUUAUUGCUAACUUCAUGAAGUACUUGAAAGGUUUAAAAGAAGACAUCCUACAGGAGAUUCCUUUCCUAACAGAAUUGCUCGAAGAACAGAAUCAACAGCCUCUGGAACAAAAUGAGGAUCAACAAAACAGAGAAACAUUGGAUUCCACAGAUGCAAAUCCAGAAGGAAAAACAGACACUUCCAAUGGUGCAACCACCAUCCGGGUGAUAAUUCAUGGGCAUUAUCCGAGCGAAGGAACGUCUAAUGACAGGUUGGGAAAGCUCGUAUAUUUGCCUGAUUCACUUGAAGACCUCUUCAGUCUAGCAGAGAAGAAAUUUGGAAAAAGAGGGAGCACUAUUCUUGUGGCUGACGGCUCAGAAGUUGAAGAACUGAAUGCUCUGAGAGAGAAUGAUCACUUAUUCAUUUUUUAAAUGUUUAAGAAUUGAUCUGUUUUCCAAGCAUUUAUCUGUUUUAAGUGAUGUUUCUAAAUGUGUCAGAAGUAAUGCUUCAAUACUAAUGGUAGUGUAGUGUCUAUUUACACCCAAUAUUGACCCAUCUUCAGUUAUUAAGUUCUCCAUAAAAAUAAUGGGAAGAUGGUAGUGUAAAUUAUAGAGCUUACAAUUUUAAGUAUCUCUUAUUCGAUAUGUUAAAAACAGUGUAUGCAGCUUUCUGAUAACUGUU